CCGAGAACUGAAACACGAACUGUCAUUUCGUCACCAUCGUCUAAGUGUCAAUUGUAUCUAUCGAUUGUAUUUAUUCUAAUAUAUGGUGAAAAUUUAGAAGAAACCUUUCUUUCCAAGUGUUAAAUCAGAAUAUAAACUGGCGUAAUUAAAUUUAAGUUAUGUCGCAAUUCGAAGAUAAUCCGUUUGGCGAUCCAGCCAUAGACAAUCCUUUUGCGGAUCCGUCAGUACAACAAGUUGCUAGAAGUACAAACAAUGCAACAAGAGGCCUCGACGAUUAUAAUCCCUUCGAUGGACAACAGAAUCCAAAUGCGUCUACGCCAGCUCAACAGCCGUCACAGCCAGCUAUCAUGCAGGCAGUGUCUCCGCCCAUCAGUGGGCAGUAUCAGCCGACCAAUCAACAGAGCACCCAACCACCAACUAACUUCACAACAGCAGAUUUUCAAAGACGGCAAGAGGAGUUAGAACGGAAAGCGGAAGAGCUCGCACGGCGCGAGGCCGAGCUCAGGGCUGGCUCUGCGGGCAGGAGGAACAACUGGCCGCCGCUCCCCGCUUUCUGUCCUGUCCAACCCUGCUUCUACCAGGACAUCAAUGUCGACAUACCGUUGGAAUUCCAACGCGUAGUUCGACAUCUCUAUCACCUGUGGAUGUUUCACUCCCUGGUGCUCGCCCUGAACAUAGUCGGGGGCAUGGCGUUGUUGUUUGCUGACGGGAACUUCACGGUGUUCAGUCUCUCCAUACUAUACUUCGUGAUCCUGACUCCGUUCAGCUUCAUCUGUUGGUACCGACCUAUAUACAAGGCCUUCAGGAGCGACUCCUCCUUCAACUUCAUGGUGUUCUUCUUCAUAUUCCUGUUCCAGACCUUCGUAACCCUGAUACAGUCCAUCGGUUUCACCAAUGGCGGUUCCUGUGGUCUCAUGACCAGUCUGAGCGCGUUCAAGACCAACGUGGGCGCCGGCAUCGUGACCCUCAUAGUGACCAUCGGCUUCAUCACCGCGGUCGUAGCUGACGUGAUGCUCAUCACCAAGGUGCACCGUAUCUACCGCUCCACGGGCGCGUCCCUGGCGAAGGCCCAGGCGGAGUUCACGUCCGAGAUCCUCCGCUCACCGCACGUCCAGGGAGCCGCCAGCGAGGUGGCCGCCGCCGCCGUCGCCUCCAGGCUCGGAGACAAUAGAUACUAGGUGAAACAGAAACUGUCGCAUUUACAGCGGAAGUGCAAAAUGAGUCAAAAAAAAAACUAACUUAAGGCGCUUUUCUUAUAUGUAAUUAAUAUACGGUAUCAUCGUUGUAUUGGACAUUGUAUUGAGUAGUCAGAGAUUUAAUUUGAAGUAUUGUAUAAAUAGAAAAUUUUAAUUAAAUCACAUUAUAUAUUGCUUGUUAUCGUUUCUCGUGUAUGAUAUUGAAAUCAUUUCAUGGCGACAUAUCUACAUCGUUGUUCAUAUUAAUAAAUUAUUAUAAAAUGUGUCUAGCGUUAUUAGAUUUGUUUGGAGCACGUUCUUUAUACAUGAUGACCGGGACAGCUGCGACAUUGGCUGUGACAAUUAUUUAAUUUAUUUUUUUAUCUGAAUCGAGCCUCCCCUGCUGUAUUAUGUAUAAAAUAUAUAAUAUUUUUUUAACCAACGACCACUCGCUAUUUAUAAACACUUGAGCUUAUAGACGCUUUAAAACAUAACCGCAUCGGCGACAUCGUAUUCAUGCAUAUUUGUACUAAUAUUUGCAAAAAAUUAAAGUUUUUUUUUAUUAUACGGCUUUAAGAAAGGCAGCCAGUUUAUUUAAAUAUUCGUAUUCCAAAAUAAAAAAAAAAUACAAAAACCAUUCCUUGCGGCGAAUGUAAAUAUUAGCGCCGUUCGAAGUUUAAAUGUGAAUUCAUUCUUCCAUUUUCAAAUGUAGUUUCGUGUUUACUUAACUCUUGCCUUCAUGCACAACUAUAAAGAGGUUUUAAUGAAAAGUAUUUAUAUGUCACGUUAGUAUCACAUGUGUCACUGUGUGUGUUGUGUUGAGUGUAUGUUGAUUGUAUCUGGGCCUAGUGUAAUGUAAAUUAUUGAGACCGUCCUUACCCAGAUAACUGGCGAAGGCGUUAUUAUAAAUAAAUCUUUAAUGUUUUGUAACGAUUAAGUCAUGUUAUAAACUUAUGAUUAAUAAUAAAUAUAGUUUCCAAA